CGCCGCUGUCACCCCCAAACCCACCCUAGGGAAUGCCUCUCACUCACCUCCUUAACACAUGCACACCGCCGCUCAGCACAGGAAAGACAUGCAAGCUUCAGUUUCUGCUUCAGAGAUUGGGAAAAGGGCGGCUGUCAUGGACAGACAGGAGAGCGCCAUGGCCCGAGUGGAGGAUGACUUCUCAUGGCAGCCGCCCUCAGAGUCUGAGCUGAAGGUGAUUGAGGCGCGGCGGGAGAGGAACAACAAGAUUUCCUCCAUCAUGGGCCAGUACCUGCUUAAGGGGUACAAGAUGUUGGCUGUCACCUGUGCUGUCUGUGAUUGUGUACUGAUGGAGGACCGUCUCAAGAACAAGUACUGCAUUGGCUGUCUGGAGGUUGAUGCAGAUACAAAGAAAGAUAAUCCUGCUGUGAGUGAGGAGGCUGCCCGGAGGACUGUCCAAGAGAUCCAACACAGACACGGUGGUGAAGAUCAGGCCCACACUUCCGCCACGUCUCCUUCACCCUCUGCCUCAUUCUGCCAGGUGCCUGCUUCAACCCAGUGCAUUGCCACCUCCACCACAACCACUAAUGGCUGCCAGAAACAAUGUGCAAGAAAACAUGCAUUAACCUAUGCAAAAAUGUUAACAGUUCAUGGCACUGACCUGUCAGAGAAUGCAGCAGAGGCGGUGGCUGCACUGCGGGACAAGCUGGCGUGGGCGACAGAGCAGCUGAGUGCUACCACUAGCACCCACGAAGCACAAAACUUGGCAGGUCUCAUUACAGAAACAUGCAAGGCCAUAUCUGCACUCAAGGAAUUGUAGGUGUAACCUUUCUAAAACUUCCCUCCAUAAUAUAUAUGAUGCAAUAACUGUCUUUACUGGAGAUGUGUUGCUUCAGCACCACCACAAGGCUAGUCCAUGAUAUUUGCUGCAAGUCCCAAGACUGAUUCUUGUUCUUUAGUGUCUUGGGCACAGCAACAACAGCAACACUUCCUGUGGCUUUGUUUAGCUUUAACUGUUGAUCAUUUAAACACAGCAAAAGACUGAACAUUAUGCAGGUAGUGUGGGUAGGUAGCUUGUAGCAAAAAUAUAUGUAUUUUUUAUACAAUCCAAAUUUUUCUCCACAAGAAAGAUGGCAUCCAGGAAAAGGAAACAGUGUGGCAAAAGACAUGUUUUUUUCCAAUUUUAAGAUAUUGAAUGAUAGGCCAUAAAGUCUGAAAGAAAAUAAAAAAUAAAUAAAACAAUAAAGUACAUGAGCAAGAUUAAGAGGUUUACUUCUGCUCUUUGCAUUUUGUGAAAGUAAAUUAGUGGAUGAAGAGUUUGCAAACAUCUGCCUGCAUUACUCUAAGUUGCCUUUCCAAGUGUAUAGGAAAUAAAAGAUUAAUAUAUGGUAUUUUAAAUUAUAAUGGAAUUGAUGAAUGAAAUAAUUAUGACAGCAAUAGACAAAAUGUAUGAAUCUCAAGUAUUUGAGUCAUCUUCAGUGUCAGUGUCUCCAAUAACAAUGAGUGAUCAUUUUUGGGUGAUGGCAGUUGUUGGUUGCACACUAUGCAAUCACAUUAUGGACUGAUGCUGUGAUGGGCCAGCAGUGCUCUCCACACAUGAAUGUGGGAUUAUUAGUGUCAGAUGCAAUGAUCUUGUUCAGCGAAGGAAGAUAAGGCUCAGUUUUGUGUCUAAGAAUAUUGCAUCACCCACAACAGGAUUGACAUUUGCCUCCAUGAGUGUACUUGGUGUCAGCUUGGCAGUCUAUGAUGUGUAUUUUGUGUUGCAUGGGUUUAUUAUAAUGUUGCUGUUUCUCCCACUGUUCACACCCACCCUUACAAACUGAUUGCAGCCUUGCAGAGAGGAGUCAUUUUUGGAGACAAUGAGAAACACCACUGCACUUUGGCCACAUUGAUAAAGUAACCAAUCACAUCAAUAAAGCUUUCAAGUGUCAAUGCUUGUAAGAACUUGUCAAUUGCAGACAUUGGUAGUUUAUGCAUUUAGGCCAGAGUGAGUCAAAAUGCAUGGACACCAGAGAUGUAGGUUGUCGGCGUGGCUGAGGCAGCACGGUGUGGCUUCCUAUAACUCUGGCUGGCACUUCUCCCUGCAUGGGUGACCCACACUGCCACACCAAGUCUUGUGCUCAGGAGUUUCAUAAUGGACUUAAUUACUAAUCAGGAAAAUUUGUAUUUCAAAGCCUGUAAUGAAGAUUGGUGUACUUUUUUUUUAUUAAGAAUGCUAAAUACAUAGACAUGGAAAAAUCCAAAUAAAGUUUGAUUAUUGUGAUGCUCUGUGGAUGCUUAAGAAAGGCUUGCUUCACUGAAAAUAAACCCUUUAGCAAAUGAAAA